ACGUUGCAAUAUUUCGCGCUUGAUCUUUGAUAAGAAAUGGGAAAAACAGUGAAGACCACACGUUCCAGGAGCGUUAAGAUUAAGGUGGUGAGGAGGGGUAUCGUUGGCCCAGCAAAGGUUUCUUACCUUAGUCAAGGUCUUCCCCAGCCCAACUCCAAACAGACCAACCCGACUAUUACAUCUCAACCGGCUGAACCUGAUGAUGUGGCACCGAACUGUAGUUCAUGUUCUGAGAGUGCAUACAGUAAGGCAAAGAAGAGAGAGCUUCAUGCCUGGGAUGCAGUCAAGGAUGACAUGCUUAAGAAUGUCUACUAUGAGCCAUCCUCCCUGGGGUUAUUCCUAUAUUUACCUGAAAGCCAUAGCACCCAUGCUGUGUACACAAAGGACAUGAAGGUCAUUGUCAGCACAGGACGGCUCUGCACCGUCACAGUCAAUAUGUGUGCAUGUGAGCCAGAAACCUGCACUCUGCUCAGGUAUGGUCUCUGGCCGGCAACAGCCGACAAGCCCCAGACAGCCUUCUCCAUACCUCUGCUAGAGCUUUUUGUUUGUCUGUCACUGGAGUGUCAGGUUUCUGUUGAGGGUUUUUGCAACACCCUGCGCUGGAAAAAUAACCUCACACUUGCAGAGGUUAACACACUCUACAGAGCCCUGGUGGGAGAAUCCAUAUCCCAUUUUAGGCAUCACCACUUCCGACAAAGAAGUUUGGUAGAUAUUUGCCCACAAUUAGAUGAUGGGACCAAAUGCCCAGCAUGCCCAAAGGCGGAUGGGGACAUGAUUGUGACAUUGGAUGCCAACUUUGGCCUUGUGAGGAAGCAAAGCUCAGGUACAAGUGCGGUUGAGCCAUUACACGGAACCCGCAUGUUUGUUAAUGAAAAGGAUGUAGAGGAAUACCUGCUAUCACAUCUUGACAGCUCAAAGCCUCACGAGGACUGCAGUAACUUCAAGGCUGGCAACGUGCUGAGGUCACAAAAACAAGCGAAGAAACUUGAUGUUACAGGAGUGUUUGGAGCCUCUUGUCGUCAUGAAAUGCCCCUAAUGUUUGUCAACAUGAGCCAAGGAGAACGAUUAGCCUAUCCCCUGUAUGUCAUCGAUGAGCUACUUCGAAGAUGUGAGGACAAGAACAUACACCUGCGAGUAGUCUAUGACAUUGCCUGUGUUGUUGCCUCACAUUUGCAUAAAUCAGGGGAGGGAAUACCACACAACAUCUCUUUGGCCGUACCAGCAUUUCACGUUUAUGGACACAAAUUGCCCUGCCAGAUCAAGUACAGCACUAGGCGACUCGAUGGGUUUGGGCUCACAGACGGGGAAGGAAUGGAAAGGCUGUGGUCUUUUCUCCGAAGAUUUGCCAGAGUCACAAAGGAAAUGACUCCAUCUCACCGCCUUGACCUGUUGACUGAUGCCCUUUUGCAUUAUGGACGGAGGAAAUCAACUGACCUAGAGAUGCAGCUCCUGCAAAGACUAGACAGAGCAGAGAAAAUAUCAAUUCUCGCUCAAGAAGACAUCUCAUCUGUCAUCAGAGAGGCACCAGUGUUGGUUUCUGAGGGAGACAUGGAGAAAUGGAAAAAAAGGGAGAUGGAGCUAGCCCAGCAGAAACAGAAACCAAUAAACACUGUCUGUAGAUGGAAAAGGGACUACAUAAUCAAGCUGAUUCAGUUCUACAAGUUCAAAUCUGGGACUCAUGAGUCAUCCAUGGAGUGUGAAACAGAAAUUGAGGACUCUCUGCUGAACAUAGAGAAAAAACACCGGAUUGGGAGAAGAUGGCAAGAAUCCGAUUCAGACUUCCAGUCUACCCUUAAAGAUGUUGACAGUGAGCUCAGAGGGCAACUAAUCUUCAAAGCUAGAACCGAAUCAAGGGAGAGAGCAGUCCUCCUCCAUCUGAAAAGAAAAUACCCAGACGGGCAGGGCAUUGCCAUUAGACUUUCUAAGCAGAUUGCCAGUUCCAACAAGAGACUGAGGCAGGCAAUAAAUGAAUACAACCGGAUUCAGUGGCCACCGCAGAUGAGUAUCUUCCCUACAAUAAUCGAUUUUCAGGAAGCAUGCGAUCCCUCUUGGCAAGUCUACUUCUGCUUUGAUGAUACUAUUGAAGAAGAUAAUGUUUCGAGGAGUCUUAAAAGGCGAGGGAUUGAUGCCAUACAUAUGAAGACUCGGGCAGCUGAGGAAAAGCGCAUGCUUUACCAGGAAAUGAGAACAAUAACUGAACACCUCCAUCAGCAGCAUGCCUUUCUGUGCUCUGCCAUUAAAGACACAGAUCAGCCUGGUGCAAAAGCUGCUCUCACCCAGCGACUCCAUCAGCUGGAAAGAAAACGUUAUCAAGCCACUGUGAUGUUUCAUACACAUGUACAAGACAUUGUCCCUGUAGACAACCCCUACUUGUGUCAGGCGGAGGGCAUACAGACACUAGUGUACAAUGAUGAUGGUGAUGAUGAUAAUGAGGAUGACACUGAGGAUGACCAUGAUAACUAG